AUGGCGUCUCUCCAGCAUGUAGAAAUCAUCCUCACCAGUGGCUCCCGCGGAGUUCGCGAGCGGCUCCGCGCAGGCCGAGGGAAGCCAGUGAGCUGUCCAUGGUGGUUAAGGCGCCUUGACGUGCGUCCUGGGCGGUCCCGGCGAGGCGCGGACCCCCGCGCCGGGGGCCGCCACUUCUCCGGCCCCAGCCUGCUGGCCACCCAGCCGGUGUGCGCCGGGCACCGGCUGCAAGUGUUCGUUUGCACAGCUCUGGGACGCAAACGGGGCAGAAUUCCAGAGAUAGGCAGAAAAUAA